GCCUGUGUCCUGCCUUACUUCCUGUAGGGGAAGCUCAGUCAGCUGUCACCAACUGAGAGGCGAGAAGAGGGACAGAAACACACAACAAGAGCUAAAAUGUCUAGUUUUUCCAACAAGUUCAGCGCUUACACGAUGACCGAGCUCAACGAAGUCCUGGAGGACGACGAGAAACUCACACAAAUGAUACAAGAGAUGGACGAGAUGCAGGAGGUCCAGCAGAGCAAGGAGACCACGCUGGUAAACAACCGAACCCUGGCGGAGCAAAAUCUGGCUCUGCAGCCCAGACUGGAGCACAAGAAGGAACAGCUCACCAAGCGUUACAACUGUCUUCAGGAGAGCUUUGAAGCCUAUCAGCUUCGCAAGUCCACCCUAGACCACAAGUCCGGAAACACCUCCCUGGACAUUUUGCUGGCCCUGCUGCAGGCAGAGGGAGCCAAAAUAGAAGAGGAGACAGAGAAUAUGGCUGAUUCCUUCCUGGAUGGAGACAUGACCCUGGAUUCCUUCAUUGAUGCCUACCAGAGCAAGAGGAAGCUGGCUCAUUUGAGACGGGUGAAGAUUGAGAAGCUGCAGGAAAUGGUGCUGAGGGGCCAGCAGCUCCCCCAGGCGUCGGUCCCUACCUCCCGAUCUCAGGAUGUGUCAGCAGCGGCGAGAUGCUCCUCCUCCCUCCUCUGCGAGGACAGCAGUGGCUCGUCCCCUGUCCCUCAGCCCAGGAGAAAACCUCCACCUCCUCCAUCCCAGCCUGCCCCGGUUCUAAAUCCAGCUCCAAGUGCUAACCCCCAGUCUCCCGUCUUCUACUCAGCAACGCCAUAUCCCCCGAUUCCUCCCAGAACGGGCCAACAAUUCCCCAACGUCCCCUCUGGCUACCCCAACCCCUUCUUAUCUCAAUACCCGCCUGCUUUGCCACAGAGGCCCCCACCUCGCAUGGCCCCGCAGCCCGGCUUCAUCAUGCAGUAAAUAAAAGCAGUUGCCACUCAGAGGACACAGUGUGUGUCAUGGACUUUUCACCACUUGACCUCCUCUGAGAACUCUUUUCUAUGUCGUCUGCCUUCUUGGAAUAUGACCAAUCACAACAGGAGAAGGCAGAGCUGCACUGGCUGGACUGGUCACGUUCAGCUGAAACAGAUCUCCAAUAAUCUCUGUGGAUCCGUGCUCACCUCUCACUCCCAUCAACGCAACCAACAAAAAAAAGACGCGACGAGAUCGGCCUCGACUCCCGCUCCAGAGGGAGGGCCCGCCGUAGGCUGUAGUGAAACAAGCGUCAGUCUGCGGGUCACUGAGCUACUGGGACUUUUCAUUUAUCAGCACUUUCUGUCUCCAGGCGGUGCCCUCAGCUCUGCAUGCCCAUUAGUUUUCAGUCUCUCACCUCCCUGCAGACAUGUUCCUUAAGGUGCUGCUUUUAUGGAACACUAGAGCAAAAAGGGUUCAAUUAGUCAUCUUAUUUUCCACCUGCAGCAUACUAAUAUUAAUGGUAAUGUAUAUGCAAGCAAAGAGAGACCCUAAUUACUGUGCAGUUUUAUUGAAAAUAUCAGAAUAGAAUACAUUCAGGCGAAACUGCAUCUAUGCUGUCUUUUUUUUUUUUUUUUUUUAAUGAAAAUUCGCAAGG